UUCUGAUCCUGUUCAAUGCUCAAGCACACCCUGAACUUGGCCACCACCGCUGCUGGUCACCGCUCUGCCACCGCCGCCGCCGCCGUGCGCACUCACACUCCGCGUCGUGGCGUCCAAGCACUGAGCUCGCCGAUCGCGCAUCUCACUGGACCGCGCCGCAACCCAGAUGGCACGGUUCCGGUGCCCCGCGAGAUGACCGCGGCGCAGGCUGCACGGCUGAUUGAAAGCAACCAGCGCGUCUUCAUUUCGAGCGUCUGCAGCGCGCCCGCCGACCUUAUUCAAGCGAUGACGGAUCGCCACGCCGAGCUCCGCAAUGUCGAAUUGACCUCGAUUCACACGGAAGGACCCGCGCCGUACCUGGAUCCAAAGUUCGCUGGAAGCUUCCGGCUGAACUGCAUGUUCACCGGUGCCAACGCACGCGCUGCGCCCGACCGCCAUGGCUACUGCUCGCUCGGCACGUCGGUCGACGUCACCAAGGCCGCCGUCGAAAGUGCCCGAGUGGUCAUUGCCGAGGUCAACCCGAACAUGCCCCGCGCGCACGGCGAUGGUCUGCUGCACGUGUCGCAGCUCGACGCGCUCGUGCAUGUGGAUCGGCCGCUGGUUGCGCACGACCCGGUCGAGCCCGAUGAGGUCGAGAGCAAGAUUGGCGCGCUGGUCGCCUCGCUCGUCGAAAACGGCGCUUGCUUGCAGAUGGGCAUUGGCGCCAUUCCGAACGCCGUGCUCGGAAACCUCAAGUCGCACCAAAACCUCGGCAUCCACACUGAAAUGUUCUCGGACGGCAUGCUCGACUUGUUUGACUCGGGUGCCAUCACCAACACGCAAAAGACGAUUCGUCCUGGCGUCAUUGUGAGCGGCUUUGUGCUGGGGUCGCGCAAGCUGUACGAAUUUCUCGACGACAACCCCCUGAUCAACAUGCUCGAUAUAAGCUUUGUCAACGACACGGCCGUCAUUCGCCAGAACUCGCGUGCCACCGCCAUCAACAGCGCCAUUGAAGUCGACCUCACAGGUCAGGUCUGUGCCGACUCGAUCGGCACCCUGCAAUUUUCGGGCAUCGGUGGUCAGAUGGACUUUGUCCGUGGCGCCACGCUCUCUGCGGGCGGCAAGGCCAUCAUCGCAUUGCCUUCGACCACAAAGAAAGGCCUGUCGCGCAUCGUCACGACUCUCCACCCAGGCGCCGGCGUUGUCACCACCCGCGGCCACGUCCAGUACAUUGUCACCGAGUACGGCAUUGCCUACCUCUACGGCAAAAACAUGCGCCAGCGUGCCCGAGCACUCAUUGACAUUGCCCAUCCCUCGCAUCGCGAGGCUCUGUUCAACGACGCGGUCAAGCGGUUUGGACCGCUGGAUCUUUAA